AUGCCUGCUAAUUUACAUAGCACAAAGGGAUGGAAAUCUCAGGCCUUGAGACUCGUUCUUCCACACCCGAACACACUCCAAUUCCACAAAGGUCAUAUGAUUCGAGUAGCUGGAGUAACAAGAGCCGAUGAAGUGGUUGCACAAUCUUACGAUCACGAUAGACAGAGAAGGGGAUGGAGCAGCAUUUCCAAUUUCCCAUGGUCAUCUUUGACACUUGUUUGCAAAAAAAGGGGUAGCAAGAUCCAACAUCAAGGCUCAGAGCUGGCGUAUAGUGUCACAUUGCCAUCUAGUUCUCUGCUCCUACACGUUUCGUCUGCUUUCUCCUUCAAGUCCACCUCAUUUUCCGCACUCGAAGAGAUAUUUUCCUCGCCACCUUUGAUGGUAUCAAACAAGACUGCGACACGUCUAGUGGACUUCCAAGAGGUUGAGAGUGCUUCAGCGCAGACUAUAAGCGACGCAGCAUCUGACCUUAAGCGUCGAGAACACCCUGCAGGUCCACGAUCUGGCGUGCAAGUGCUGAGACAGAAGGGUCCCGCAGAAAUAAAAACAUAA